GUAAUUACCGUUAGACGGCUUCCAAGUUUUCUGUGUAGAUGGUAGAAUUUAUUCCUUCAAUUGAAUAAUUACUCUUUAGUUCACAAUAAUUACGGUUAACUGAUAAAAUUAAAUCAUUAAAUAACUAUAUUUUUCAUCGUUAAUCUUUUGUAUAAAAUAUUCAUGUAGAAUCAGCAGUCGACUUGUGGUUAGAGUGAGAGUAAUAUGAACCGUUGAUAACAUUCUUUAUCACAGUUUCUUUGUCAAAGGCAUUUGUUGUCAGUGUAGUGUUGCAAAAUAAUCAUUGAAUAAUUAAUCAAGUUUUUUGAGUUUCGUAUUGAAAAAUGGCUGCUCAUGAUUAUUUAAGUGAUCCGAAAAAUCCUUUUUUUUCGUUAGAGGAUGAUAUUGAUGAUGAAACAUUUUUGAGAAGUGCACCUCCACGUCAAAAUAACGUCACUCAUAACAAUCCUUAUGUUAACUUUGAUGAUAACUUUGAAAGACAACACCAAUUACUUGAAGAACGUAAGAAAGCAAUUGAAGAAAGAACUAUUCAAUCUUCUGAAAGGUCCAUAUCAUUAUUAAGAGAUUCAGAGCAAAUUGGAGCUGCGACAGCUGAGGAAUUGAUUAGACAAAGGGAACAGCUAGAGAGAACAGAAAAAAGGCUAGAUGAUAUAAAUAGUACCUUAAGAUUCAGCCAAAAACAGAUACAGGGAAUAAAAAGUGUAUUUGGUAGUUUGAAAAAUUAUCUUAGUAGAAAAUCUCUUGAUGCUCCAACGCCUACCAUGACAAGUGGCAGUAAAUCACCUGAUAGUGAACGUUCUGGUUCGAGCAGCAGUAUAUUGAAUAAUUCCAUUGAACAAUCUAGAACAACUUUAACAGCAAAUCAUCCAACUCUGCAACGUAGAGGACUUUUAGAUGAUGAUAUCGAUGACAAAAAAUAUGAUUCACCGAUUACGAAUGUCAGCAAAGUUUUAGAACGUAAUCUAGAUGAAAUGAGUGGAUCGUUAGCUCGACUAAAAGGCUUAGCUAUUGGUUUGUCAGAAGAAAUUGAUUCCCAAAAUGAUUUAAUUGAAAAUGUGAUAACUAAAACUGAUAAAGCAGAUAUUAUGCUUGAGAGACAGAAUAAAGACAUGAGAUAUUUAUUAAAAAAAUAGGAAAAAUAAUAAUCAAAUCUGAAUUCAUAGAAACUCGGACUAAUGUACAUGUCCUUUAGAGUAAACACGAAUUAUUGAAUUAUAAGAAAAUAUUAAGCAAUUUUAAAUUAUAAGAAUUCUGCUUUUUGGAUAAAAGGAUUUAUUUUACAUGCCAAUGUGUUUAUUUUUAUUUAUGUCAAAUAUGUUUAUGUGAUCACUGUGAUUCAAUCAUCUAUCAACAUUAUUCACUAUGAUAACAAAUAUGUAUAUGUUAUGUAAAAAAUUGUUAUUCAACUGCAUAUUACCAAAGCAUCAAUAUCUAGCUUUGUAUUUUAUCCAAGGGGGAAUUUUACAGGAAACUUUUUCAAUUUUAUGAGCUCAACGAAACUGCCGGUUAUAUUAGAUGAACAAAUCAAGAUUAUCUACUGAUUAAUUAAUAAAAAACGUCACUAAAUAAUGAUCUA